AUUCGGUAAAGUUUCGAGCUUGCUCGGGUUCAAGAUUAGAGCGGCGAGAUUGGUGUAGAGAAUUUUUGUUAACGCGUGAAAGUUAAUUGCGAUUUAAUUUGUGAUGAAUAAAUUUGUCAAAUUAAAUACUUCGCUCGACAUUAUUCCUUUGCAAGGUUCAAGUAAUGAGGACAAAAGCAAGAAUACAAACAGGCAGAGAAUUGAUGAACUUCCCAGAUCAGUCAUGAGGGACCCACUGAUGGUUUCAAGAGUCUACGCGUUUUUACUUGACAACGAGGACAAAACUUACAUAGAUGUGAACGAGAUUGCUGAUUAUUUACAAAAAAGAUACCGUGACUAUCGCACAAAGAAACGCAGUGCCUUUAGGGCAAUGGUACGCAAGGCGUAUAAUGAGAUUGCCGACGGCUUAGCCAAAAAGAAUGAAUUCAAUCCCAAUGCACCUUGGCAAGAAGAUGAAGAUGACGAUGAUGAAGAGGUUGAUUUGGAACUGGAUGCUCCUAUUGAUUCAUUGAACAAUCAGCUGCUGAAGAUGUAUAAAAAGAAUUUGGAUGGUCAGAAUGGAAAUUCUAGUGACAAAGAAUUGAUAGAUAUAAGCAGUGACGAUGAGCAGGGUAAAAUGGAAGCAACAUCUUCUGGACAUGCAAAGAAGCCCAAGGAAUCCCAAUUUUCUGAAGAACUCAAAAAUUCCAAGAAGCUCAAAAUCAUCAAAGAGCCCAAGGAGACUGAAGAAAACAAGGGAACAACUGAGCCGAAGGAUGUUCAUAGAGAGGUGAAGAAAAAUCCUAUGUAUACCAGAUCAAGCACUCCUAAACCUUCACCCUUGGAAGUAGAUUCCACACUUUCAAAGGGACGUGUGUCUGAAAUAGUGUUACAAUCUCCCCCUCCGGAGAAAGUUGCUAAGAAACGAAAAGUUGAAAGAGACGGUAAUUACCCAGUUGGCACAGCAACGCCAGCCAAAAAGAAGCGUGAAGUGAUAGAAUCUAAAGUUCAAUUUGCCGAUAUUGGUGGGAAUACAAAAGUUUUAGAAGAAGUUUGCAAGCUUUUGAUUCACAUCAAACAUCCUGAGAUUUUCAAAAAAUUGGGUAUCUCUCCACCUCGAGGGUUUUUACUCCACGGACCACCAGGAUGUGGAAAAACACUGUUGGCACACGCAAUUGCUGGGGAAUUAGCUGUCCCUCUAAUAAAAGUUGCUGCCCCAGAACUUGUCGCAGGUGUUUCUGGAGAGAGUGAAUCUCGAAUACGUGAUUUGUUUGAGCAAGCAGUAGCAGUGGCUCCUUGUGUCUUAUUCAUAGAUGAAGUGGACGCUGUUGCGCCACAUAGGGCUACAGCUCAACGAGAAAUGGAACGACGAAUUGUUGCUCAGUUGCUUUCAUGUCUUGAUGAUUUGGGCAGCAAAGAGAAUGGUGAUCGUGUUUUGGUCCUGGGUGCUACAAAUAGACCAGAUGCGUUGGAUCCGGCUCUGAGGCGAGCUGGUCGAUUUGAUCGUGAAGUAUCACUAGGAAUUCCCGAUAGAGAAGCAAGAGCUGGAAUUUUAGCUGUUAUUACAACCAAGCUAGCUCUAGCAUCAGACGUCAGCUUAACCAGGAUAGCUGCACUUACUCCAGGCUUUGUCGGUGCAGAUUUGGUUGCAUUAAUCAGAGAAGCUGCCGUCGCAGCUGUUAAUAGAGUAUUCGGAGAUCUCAAGAAGAAAACUGCCGUUGAAACUAAACCAGUUGAGAUCGAGGAGCCGGAAGAAGUUGUCAAAAGUAUUCCAGAUACUGAAGUUUGUGGUAAUGUACAGCCAGAUUGCGACAACGUACUAAAUGGAACUGAAGGAAGUAUCAGCAAAGACAGCAUAGUGCCAGAAAUCGCGGCAGCAAAGCCGGAAAAUACCCCUAUGCCAAAUGAACUGGAAUCACAAAAUGUUGAUCCAGUUGAAGAAACAAAAAAAAUUACCGCUUUUUCAAAGUCAUCAGAAUUGACUGAUUUGAUGAUGUGGCUCCACGACCAACCGCCACUGUCGGAAGAGUACCUUCAAGGAGUAUUUAUCGAACAUCAAGAUUUUGAAGCUGCUCUGUCUGUUGUUCAACCAUCUGCAAAGAGAGAAGGAUUCGCCACAGUCCCAGAUGUUACGUGGGACGAUAUUGGAUCUCUACAAAAUAUUCGCCAAGAAUUGCAAAUGUCUAUACUGGCACCUGUGAAGCAUUCCGAAAAAUGUGCAGAGCUGGGCCUUACGACUGCAACUGGAGUCCUGCUGUGUGGUCCUCCUGGUUGUGGCAAGACUUUGCUGGCCAAAGCAAUCGCCAAUGAAGCUGGUAUAAACUUUAUUUCUGUCAAAGGACCGGAACUAUUAAACAUGUACGUUGGAGAAAGUGAGAAGGCUGUUCGACAAUGCUUCAUUAGAGCACGAAAUUCUGCUCCGUGCGUUAUAUUCUUCGACGAAUUGGAUGCCCUGUGUCCAAAGAGAUCGGAUGGUGAUAAUUCGGCGACAUCCCGUGUGGUGAACCAGAUGUUGACGGAAAUGGAUGGAGUUGAGGGAAGACGCGGAGUUUUUCUAAUGGCUGCAAGCAAUCGUCCAGAUAUCAUCGACCCUGCUGUUCUGAGACCUGGAAGACUCGAUAGAAUCUUGUACGUAGGAUUACCAAAUCCGACAGAUCGUGUUGAUAUCCUGAGAGCUUUGACGAAGAAUGGAGUAAAACCGAAACUAGCUACUGAUGUAGAUCUGGCCCAAAUAGGAUUUAGUGAAAAAUGCGAUGGAUAUUCAGGUGCAGAUUUGGCUGCCUUAGUUAGAGAGGCAGGGCUUGAGGCGUUGAAAGAGUUAAUUAACGGAUAUCAAGGACCUGUGGAGGUUGCAAUGAGGCAUAUUGGCAUUGCUCUUGACAAAAUACGACCAUCGGUCCAAGAAAACGAAAUUAAACAUUACGAAAAGCUGCGAAAAAUUUAUUCACCGCUGAAAGAUGAUUUGGAUGUUACUCCGAUGGAAACUCCGAUAGAUGCACAGUUGGUUGACACAACAAUGGAAGCAAUGGAAACGUGAAUAUUCGUCUAUUUGUUGCUGAAGUUUGUUCAACGAACCAUUUAUCUGAGAAUGUAUAUGAGAUAUUGGAUUAUGACGUUCAUUUAUUGUGACUGUAGUUCAUGAUUGUGUAUGUAGUGAUUAGCGAUUAAGAAUUCAUUGUUUUUUAUUAUAUAUAUAUUCUCAUGAACAUCCCCGAGGACAUUGUUACAAGAGGGUUUAGAACUGAAUCGUUGCAUACGCGUCUCACAAUACAGACAAAGAUAGUAGGCUAGUGUUGAGUUGUAAGUAUUAUUCACAAUGUGGAUAGAUUUACCUAGCCAAUAUCAUUUCUGUAUUGUAAUAUUUGUAAAAUCAAAUUAUCAGAGCACGAAUAAUGAAUCUAAAAAUUUCCAAAAUUCAUUAAUCACUCGUAGGAACUGUGCGUACUUACGUAAGGACAUUAUCAGUGUGUAUAUAAUUUUGCAAAUAUAUACGGUUCACAUUGCCAGCUUCAGCAGGAAUAUGAAGCAACGCGAUGGGAAUCAUACAUUUACCUGUUAGUACGUACGUCAGUGGUUUACCUAGUUUUGGGAUCUCCACUCUGAGUAACUUGAGAAACACGAGAUUCAUAUUCAGCAUAUAUUUUUCUCACUAUUUUACCACUCGAAUUAACAUGUGCGCAGCAAGUCGAACUAACAGAGAUCUAUUGCCGCAAUCACCUGUUUUAUUUGGUACAUAAGCUGCAUUCCUGUACUUGUGCUAGUAGGCAUGAUACCUAUUACUCGGUCUAUUUCAGUGCCCUCUGUGAAAGCAAGUAUAGCAGGUACCGCCGCGACGUGCAAAUAGGUACCAUUGAUCCAUUGUGGGGAUAGAUGCCCAUACCGAUAGGUAUAAAAUACUUUAGCUUUAAUUUCAAUCGUACGAUUAUUGUUAUCGUUCAAAGUUGGAACUAUAGUUUUGACAUGAUUCAAAAAUUUUGAUAGACUGUAGGACCGAUUUGAGUCUAAAUCUUGAAUUAGUUUGAAGUCUGUAGAACUUCGAGCAUAUAACAGCAGCUUGAAUUGAUCCAAUAGAUACAUUUUGUUUUCGUAUUACUAUUCACUAGAUGUAUAUUUUAAUCUCAUCCUUCCGAAUGACUGUUUUUGAGCUGUUUCUGUUUAGGUUUUUUGGUAAGAGAUCCAAAUUAUAAAAUCAUUAGGUAGUUUCAUAGCUUUCAACAUUCUUACAGAGAGAUAAUAUCGAUUAUGAUGUGCGUUAUUAUAUACAAAUGCUAUGCUAUAUGUAUAUAAUAGGUAUAUUGUUGGACAGAAAUACUUUCCUCAGCCUUACCGUGGUGUUGUAUUCAAUUGUUGAUCAUGCUGCAGAAGAGUUUCGGUUUUCCUCCCAAGUUAAUAUUUAAAUUGUAACUGUGAAUAUUAUAGCCUUGUUAAUCAUCAGCGAGCAAUCUCUGGUGUCCCAAAAUUACUCAUUUGUAUACGACUUUAACAUUGAAAAAUUAAUUGUUCAUAGAUUUGACAAAGACACGAUAUAUAAGUCGAAUUGAUAGUUUUUAUUCUUGAA